AUGACCAGACCACUACUUACUGGGAGAUUAGCGAAAUGGGCAUUGAUACUCAUGGAGUUUGACAUAACUUAUACUCCACAAAAAGCAAUAAAAGGUCAAGCAUUAGCAGAUUUUCUCGCGGCGCAUCCUUUGCCCGAUGAAUCUCCCUUGAGAUGUGAUCUCCCUGAUGAAGAGACUUUGGCAAUUGAAGAGAGAAAACAAUGUUGGCAAAUGUACUUUGAUGGAGCUUCUUUGAUACAACUAGCUAUUAGACCCAAAAUCCCUCAAGUCCGAGCUGGUAUUGGACUUAUUUUCAUUUCUCCUGAUGGUGGAAUCCUGAGAUACUCUCUUUCUUUGUCGAGGCCAUGUACUAAGAAUGAAGCAGAAUAUGAAGCUCUUAUUGCUGGAUUAGAGCUAGCAGUCAGUAUGGGGGUUCAAAGCUUGCAUAUAUAUGGCGAUUCACAACUCAUUAUAAAUCAAGUUGAAGGAAGUUUCAAGACUCAUAAGCAAGAACUCCUUCAGUAUAAUCAGAGAGUUAUUGAAUUGUUGAAGCAAAUUCCUGAUGUUAAGCUGGAGAGAGUUUCCAAGUCGAUUAAUGGAAAAGCAGAUAGUUUAGCCAAAUUGGCAAAAGAGUUGGCUGAUCCAGAUCAAGAGGAGAUCCAAGUCACCAUUCCAAACAGGCGAGUGCUGAGUUCAUGCUUUGAUGAAGAAUUAGAAAACAAGAAGCUCAGAAAAGAAGAAAUUUUGACAGUGGUCGAAGAUGAUUGGAGAGAGCCUUUUAUUAAAUACUUGAAAUCAUAUGAUCAACUCCUGCUAAGAUGUCUCUCGAAGGAGGAGUCUGAAGAAGUCAUGCAUGAAGUCCAUUCUGGUGUUUGUGGAGCUCACCAGUCAGGACCGAAGAUGCGGUUGAAGAUUAAACAUAUUGGGUACUAUUGGCCAAGCAUGAUUAACGAUGCCUACAAAAUGCAAGACAGUGCAAACUAUGCCAAGCCCAUGGGGAUUUCAUUCAUCAACACCCCAAUCCUUUUACACCCUACAAUCUCUUCAUGGCCUUUCGAGAUGUGGGGGACUGAUGUGAUAGGCCCUAUUGAGCCACCAUCAUCAAGAGGGCAUCGCUUUAUAUUAGCUGCCACUGACUAUUUCUCACGAGCAAAUGGUCUCGCGGAAGCAUUUAAUAAAACAUUAUCCAAGUUAUUGAAGAAAGCAGUUUCAAAAAGUCAAAGGGAUUGGCACGAAAGGCUCCCUGAAGUCCUUUGGGCAUAUCGUACAACUUAUCGAACACCAACUCAAUCUACACCAUAUUCAUUGGUUUUUGGUACGGAAGUUGUUCUACCACUUGAAGCUCAAAUUCCAUCUUUGAGAAUUGCCUUACAAAAUGAACUCACAAAUGAAGAUAGAGUUCGUUUGCGUUUGGAUGAGCUUGAUGCUUUGGAUGAAAGAAGGCUAGAAGCCCAACAGAAUCUUAAAGCCUAUAAAGCAAGGAUGGCUCGAGCUUACAAUAAGAUGGCUCGCAUUCGAACUUUCGAGAAAGGGGAGAUGGUAUGGGUGUUAAGAAGACCGAUCAUCACCAACAAACAUGCUGGGGGCAAGUUCAAGUCAAAUUGGGAAGGCCCGUACAUCAUAGAGGUUGUCUACUGA